GCUCUCGUUAGCCAGAGGUUGGCCGCGAUGGCCGCGGCUGGCGGUGGGUUGGAGGCCGCGACCCUGCAGAAGCUUGCGCUGCGGCGGAAGAAGGUGCUGAGUGCCGAAGAGAUGGAGCUGUACGAGUUGGCACAGGCAGCGGGCGUCGCCAUCGACCCUGAUGUGUUCAAGAUCCUGGUGGACCUGCUGAAUCUGAACGUGGCCCCCCUCGCGGUCUUCCAGAUGCUUAAGUCUAUGUGCGCUGGGCAGAGGUUGGCGAGCGAUCCCCAGGACCCUGCAGCUGUGUCUCUGCCCUCUUCCAACAUACCCGAAACUCGAGAGGCCUCCUUUCUCUCUGCCAGAAACAGUAUCCCCUCUGCAAGGUCCUCCUUUUCCUCAGCCCUGCAGCCUGCAGCCUCUCCAGUUCUGCUCCUCAGCCCAGCUGCCAUGCACUCGCCUUUCUGUCCGGGGCCCCCUGCUUCCCUCCGGUUCUCUUGCUGCCUGUUCUCUCCUUUCACAGGGAGGAACAGAGGUGGCCCGGCGCUUGGUGGCGUACCCACACUGACAGAACGCAGCGGCCGAGAAGGAUCGAGCCAGAGAAUGCCGCGCCAGCCCAGUGCUACCAGGCUGCCCAAGGGGGGCGGGCCUGGGAAGAGCACCUCUCGCAGCAGCACAUAGUGUGGGAGCUGGGACUGGCACAUCUGGGUACCAUCAAUCUCAACAGAAGCAGCAUGCUGUUUCCUUCUGCUAAAUGUUUCCAAAAUGC